CUGUUGACCAAGUAUGCAGAGGACUCGCAAGUUCAGAACUUUGUGGAUCAGAUUGAGUGGCACAUCUUGCCUGUCGUCAACCCAGAUGGAUAUGAAUACUCUCACACACACGAUCGGAUGUGGCGGAAAUCUCGGUCUGGGCCAAUUAAUGGCUGCUAUGGUGCGGAUGUCAAUCGAAACUUCGAUUUCAAGUGGAUGGAGAUCGGUGCCAGCAGUGAUCCCUGCUCUAGUACUUUUGCUGGCACAACGCCAGCUUCCGAGAUCGAGACGAGGAAUUUACGUGAUUACGUACUGCCUCUAGCCAACGAUAUGAAAGCUUUCAUCACUAUGCACUCGUACUCGCAGCUAUGGCUUACUCCGUGGGGCUACACCUCAGAACUACCGUCGGACUACGAUGAUUUGUAUAACCUUGCUGUGAAGGCAACAGACACUUUGACAUCGAUGUAUGGAACGGAAUACACCGUAGGAUCAGCAGCAAAUGUUCUGUAUGAAUCUUCCGGGACAUCGCGCGACUGGGCUAAGGGCGUGCCAAAAGUGAAGUACGUUUACACUGUGGAGUUACGUGAUACUGGCUACUACGGUUUUCUGCUCCCAGAAGAUCAGAUUGAACCGACGUCUGAAGAAACAUGGGAAGCUAUUAAGGUUAUCGCAAGUCAGAUCAUUUUAGAGUUUGCAUAGAAUAGUAAUUGGGGUUUGGUGAGAUUGCUUGCAUAUAUCCAAUCCCAGUGACGACCCUGGUACAUUGGGAGCAUAUAAAAGAAUACUAAAUGAUAUUGACGUAUAGAUAAUGUGAUAAUUUUGGUGCGAUCGCGGGAUACAUAUCAUAGGGAAAGCUAAAGAAAUAAUAAAUAGCACGGCGUCAAUUAACUGAUAAUGGCCACUGUAUUACUAGGACGUUUUCCACUGAAUUUGAUAUAUUGUUCACUUAGCAACUUUGUCAGCUCUUCGUCGAAAUAUCUAAUGCCGUAUUCGUUUAUUUCAUUGUCAGCGAUAAAAAUAUUUCACGCGUUUCAUAUACAUAAGAACUAAAACAAUGACCUAACUUCUCUAGAAAAUCUCAUUUUUGUCGCAAUGGUUUCACAUAUAUCUAAGGUAGUUGUCCCGUAAUUGGGCAUUAGUAAAUUAAUGUUCAUAACGCAGUUAAUCAUGGAAUAUAUUCUUGGUUUUUUUUUA